AUGCGUCCUAGGGGGUCGGGCCAGGGCGCCGCGGGGCGCCGCGUGAGGCCCGGGGCUCCGGCGCGAGUCCCCCUCGCACCCCGCCCCGCGGCCAGUCCCGCUCCGGAGCCCUCUGCGCGGCCCGAGCGCGGCCCUGCGCACGCACCCGCGGGGGCGCAGGCGGCAGGCUCCAGGUCCGCGUGCGUCUCGGGACCCCAGGCCCGCGCUCGCCCCACCUCCAAGGCCGGAUCGGCGGCAGGAGCCCCGCGCACGUCCACAUUCUCCGUUCUCCAGGGGAAUGCCCAGGCCGUGCCCCGCAGCUUGGACGCGCCAUGGACCCGCUUCAUAUUCCAGGGGCCCUUGGGUCCCCGGGCCGCUGGCCUGGGGACUGGGAAGGCGGCAGGCAUCUGGAAGACGCCGGCCGCCCGCAUGGGCCGUCGGCCUGGGGUGUCGGGCCCCGACCGUGCCGCCUUCAUUCGGGAGCUGGAGGAAGCUCUGUGCCCUGACAGACCCCUGCCAGUCAAGAUCACCCAAGAAGAUGUCAAAGUGAUGUUAAAUUUGCUAGAGGAGAGAGAGCGGGACCUAAAUACAGCGGCUCGCAUUGGCCAGUCCCUGGUGAAGCAGAACAGUGUUCUGAUGGCGGAGAACAGCAAGCUGGAAGCCAUGCUGGGCUCAGCCAGGGAGGAGAUUUUACACCUGAGACACCAGGUGAGCUUGCGAGAUGAUCUCCUUCGGCUCUACUCAGACUCUGAGGAGGAGGAGGAAGAAGAGGAAGAGGGGGAAGAGGAAGAAGAGGAGGAGGAGGAAGAAGAGACAGAGGAGGAGGAGGAAGAGGAGGAAGAGGAGGAGCAGCAUGAUCAUCCCUAUGGAGCCUCUGAGCUGACUUCUCUGGGGGAGCCGGAGUCACUGCACUUCUGCCCACAGCUGGAAGCCCUCCAGGAGCAGCUGAGGCUGCUGGAGGUGGAGAACGAGCAGCUGAGAGAGGAGGCCUCUCAACUCGACGCCCUGGAGGAGGAGGAGCAGAUGCUCAUCCUGGAUUGUGUGGAGCAGUUUUCCGAGGCCAGCCAGCAGAUGGCCGAGCUGUCAGAGGUGCUGGCGCUCAGGAUGGAGAGCCAUGACCAGCAGCGGAGGGAGGUCACCCAGCUGCGGACCCAGGUCUUGAAGCUGCAGCGACGCUGCCAGUCGUAUGGGGUCGAGACGGAGAAGUUGCAGCAGCAGCUGGUUUUGGAGAAAGAAAUCCAGAUGCGGCUCCAGGAUGAGGAUGCCCUUCCUGGUUUCCAGGAGACCCUGGCCGAGGAGCUCAGAAUGUCUAUAAGGAGGAUUAUCUCAGACCCUGUGUUUUUUAUGGAAAGGAAUCAUGGAACUACUGCAGACGAGAUGCCACACCUGGGGUACAAGCUGCGCUGCGGUGAGGCACGAGAGCAGGGACAGGGGUUCGAGGCUGAGAAGGGGUUAAUGAGAGCAGAGGAUUUUGUGGCAGAAGAUUUUGUGCCUUCGGAGGAGUCAGUACCUGAGGAAGAGCCAGGGACUGCAGAAGAGGUGGUGCCAGCUGAUGAGAGGUCGACAGAAGAGGCGGAGCUUGUGUCCGAGGAGACUGAGGCCUGGGAGGAAGUGGAACCACAGCUGGAUGAGACAACGAAGCAGACGAAGCAGACGAACACAGUGACUUCAACCCUGGAGGCCACAGGCUUGGGCUCCUCUCACCUAAGCAUGAAGCAUGUCCUCCAGCAGCUGGCUAACUGGCAGGACUCGGGGUACAGGCGGCAGCUGAGGCGGAGAAUGCUCCAGGAAGGCUUUGCUGUUCCUCAGCAGCCUACAGAGGCCCCACAGACAGACCGAGGCCCCUCCUUCAGCUGCCUGGCCAAGUCCCACCUGCCCCAGAAACCUCCUUCCCAUCCUCCCAAACAGGACCCUCCUGUCUGUUGCUAGUGCACCAUCAGUCCUGACCAACUUAGGCUGGGGCUCAGGACCCCGGUGGGUCUGGCCCUGCUCCCUGCUCUGCUGCUCGCUCUUCUGUUGUUUGUCAGGCCGUACACCUGCCGGUACAGGAAAUAAAGGACCCGUGUGCUACCUGG